CCAGACGGCGACAUUGUCGAGUCCCGAGUCUUUAACAAAUAAGAUGGCUGCUACCGAUUCCAGUUUACCUAGUGAAAAUCCCGCCAAGAAAGAGGAUGAAUUCAACGAAUUUUACUCAGAGGUCAAGGAAAUUGAGAAAAGGGACUCUGUGCUAACCCCCAAACAACAAAUCGACAGAUUGUUACGACCUGGCUCAUCCUACUUUAACUUGAACCCAUUUGAAGUCCUGCAGAUCGAACCAAACACAGGAAUAGAUGAAAUCAAAAAGAAAUACCGUCGUAUGUCAAUCCUGGUGCAUCCGGACAAAAAUCAGGAUGAUGCCGAAAGAGCACAACAAGCCUUUGAAAUCGUUAAUAAAGCAUGGAAGACCUUGGAAAACGAGGAAACCAGAUCGAAAUGCAUGGACGUUAUUGAGGAAGCGAAAGCCCGGACUGAUCACAUGAUCGCGGAGAAGAAGAAGAAACAGAAAAAAGAGGGAAAAUCUGAGAAUGCGGUGCCAACGUUGUUGGAGGAAGAAACGGAGGAAGGUUACAGACACGCGGUUUGGGUGAUGACGAUGAAACUUUUCGCCGACAUGGAGCGAAGAAGGCGAGAAUUGGCAACGAGAGACGCAGAGCAGCGCAAGAGAAAGCGCGAGGAAGAAUUAUCCGCGGAGGCUCAGGCCGCGCUGGAGCGCGAGUGGCAACGGAACUUCGAGGAAUCCAGGCAAUCACGCGUCGACAGCUGGAAGGCGUUCCAGUCCGGCAGCAGUGCCACGAAGCAGAAGAAGGCGAAAAAAUUGAAAGCCUUCAGGCCGCCGAAGACGAAGGCGGAGUCGCGAUAAUCGUGGAUUCUCCUCUGCCGGUCCUUCCACCUGCGAUUUCCAGAUUUACGGAAUUUUCUGAGUUUAGUCGACUUGAUACUUUACAUUAAAGAUUUUCUCGCAGCGUUAAGGUAGGGUAAGUGAUUCAACACGGCGUAAUACCGAUCCGGCAGUGGACGCCUUGGAUCACUCUGGCCGUUUGAAUCGAAAGAAAAAAAAAAACAUUGCGGUGCUUUAUCUCCACUCGCAAGAUCAGAGUUCCUCACUUUGGGCGUCCAUUGCCGAAUUAAGCGCGAAAUUGAAUACGGAAAUUCGAGUUUCUAGGAGAUAUCGCAUUAACGGUCGAUUUCAUCGAUCUUCUGUGAACAAAACUGGCCAUUGGGCAGGACCUGCAAGUGUAUCCUUUUGUUUUUAUCGGGGCGAAAAAUUCUUGCUAGGGAUCAUCAAGUCACUUCUAUUUUUGACAAGCCGAGACUUGACGCGCCGUCUUUGUUCGUCAAUAUGACUGUAUUACGCUGCAUAUAUAAUACUUCGUAUAGCCAUUGACACAGAAGUUUGUAGAAGUUUGGUGAAAUCGGCGGCAAGUCCACUUUUCCGCUUAGACAACCGCGAUUUGAGGCCAGAAUGAGGAUGUUAAAAAUAGACGCCAGUGCUACGGGAAAGUAAGGUAUUAGAUGUGUGUCAUUACAAGAGAGAGAGAGAGAGAGAGAAAACUGUGGAGACAAGGUUUAGCAAUGGCACGAGCCAUUUAACAAAGAAUACGUAUCUUUGUGACACGCGGUAUACGUGAUUGACUGACUGAAUGCACCUACGUCUGCCUACGUGUGUGAAGUCACGCUGCUUAUUUUGAAAACGACGUAAAAAACCACGUGCGAACAAAUUAUCUGUCUUGACUAGCGAGAUGCAUUUGCACGUGACUAAAAAUCUGUUCAAGCAUGUUGAAAAUUUAUCGAAAUUUAGAUUAAUUUAUGAAAGACACUUUACGCCGCCUUCAAAAUACACGGCCUGAUCGUGAGUCUUUUGUGCGUAAGUCUCGUGUCCCUUCGCAAAGUUUGACGAUCAGGGAGCCUUACACGACUCGCAUAUGUAAAAAAAAUCGGGAGGAAAAAAACUUUUCUCCAGUGCAUUGUACAUUCGCAAUACGUCGUCGUUGCGUCAAUAAUUGUCAAUUUUAUAAUCUACAUGUGUCUCGUACUUUUACUAUUAAACGUACGAUUGUCCAUCGUAGUGAAAGUACAGUUCGGUGUAUGUCUAUUCGGAAACUCAAAGGGUCUUCACAAUGUCGUAUUUUGCGAAUGUAAAUUGAUAUAUGCAGAAUUAAAAUCGUAAAACUCGUGGAGUCAUAGAGGGCAUACGGAGACAUUUAUGUUUUUCAUAACAACAUAUAUCUAAGUUAUUAAAUAUCUACUAAAUAUCUAUACGAAAUCUUGAAUAUCUAAUGUUUAAUCAUUGAAAUCGUUCAUCAAAUUUUUGAUAGAAAAUUUAUAAAAUAUCACAAAUUACAAGAUACUUUUCUACUACACAGGGAACAUUUAUUUCGUGGAAUCGCAGGUUUGAUUCUACAGCGAUCGAGAAUUCGAAUUAUCGUAUUGCCAAUCUCUCUCUCCAUUUAUUAUAUCAAAUACGGUAUUGCGACGGCUCUUUCCUCGUUUCGCGAAUAUCUCAAUACGUAGCGUUGCGUCAACAAUCGCAAAAGAUCUAUUGAGGGUAAAACCGCGUCGUUCGAACGUUGGAUUUAACUAUGAAGUGUGAAUAUAUAUAUGUAUGAAUUCUUUCUAAAAAGACUGUUCUUUGCACAUCGCCAUGUCAUGACUUCGAACGUGAUCAUCUGUGGUAUGUAUAUUAUUAUAUAUAUAAAUGCAUUAAAGAAUCUUCCAUUGAAUCGUGCGUUACGGCACACACCGCGACGCGAGAUCUGCAAUCGUGCAUUGUGCGAAAAAAAUGAAUAGAACUGUUCUUAUUCCACGCGUUGCAAUCUUUGUAAAAAAUAUAUCAUAUAUACAGGGUAUACCUAA